UUUACUCUUACUUUGACACGCCGCUUCUCUUACCCCAUUUGCUCUCCAGAACUCUCUCUCUCUGGAGCUUGAUCUUUGCUGUCGACGAUGUUGUUUUCUCGGAUUUCGAGGAUUCAGAGAACCAGCUUGAAUGGGUGUCGGUGGCUUCUCUCUCACCGACCGGACUACCGUCACCAGUUCUUUCGCUCCGAGAGUCCUCCCUCUUGUACAGAUUCUACUACUCAAAAGGUUUUGGGUUAUAGAGAAAUUUUUUCCUGGGGCUUGCCUGCCUUGCACGGUUUUAGACAUAAAAUCCAUCAUCAGAGCAGCUCCAUAGUUGAGGAACAAGAAGAUCCAUUUUCCCUUGUUGCUGACGAACUAUCACUUGUUGCUAACAGACUACGGUCGAUGGUAGUUGCUGAGGUCCCUAAGCUUGCAUCAGCUGCUGAGUACUUCUUCAAAAUGGGGGUGGAAGGAAAGAGAUUUCGUCCCACGGUUUUAUUAUUGAUGGCAACAGCUUUGAAUGUGUCUAUACCACAACCAUUUCCCAGUGAGCCAGUAGAUGCUUUUGCAAAGGAACUACGUGCGAGACAACAAUGUAUAGCUGAGAUCACAGAGAUGAUUCAUGUGGCAAGCCUUCUACAUGAUGAUGUCUUGGAUGAUGCAGAUACAAGACGUGGUAUCGGUUCAUUAAAUUUUGUAAUGGGCAACAAGUUAGCAGUAUUAUCAGGAGAUUUUCUGCUCUCUCGAGCUUGUGUGGCACUUGCAUCAUUGAAAAACACGGAGGUUGUAUCAUUACUGGCAAAAGUUGUCGAGCAUCUUGUAACGGGUGAAACCAUGCAAAUGACUACAACAUCUGAACAACGUUGUAGCAUGGAAUAUUACAUGCAGAAAACGUACUACAAGACAGCAUCAUUAAUUUCCAACAGCUGCAAGGCGAUUGCCCUUCUUGCUGGGCAGACUGCAGAAGUGGCAAUGUUGGCUUAUGAGUAUGGCAGAAAUCUGGGAUUGGCAUAUCAAUUGAUAGAUGAUGUUCUUGAUUUCACGGGCACAUCAGCUUCCCUUGGAAAGGGUUCUUUAUCUGAUAUCCGCCUUGGAAUUAUUACUGCUCCAAUACUGUUUGCCAUGGAAGAGUUUCCUCAAUUGCUUGUAGUUGUUGAGCGGGGCUUUGACGACCCUGCAAAUGUUGAUCUUGCUCUUGAGUACCUUGGGAAGAGUCGUGGAAUACAGAGAACGAGGGAGCUUGCCAUGAAGCAUGCCAACCUUGCUGCAGAAGCAAUUGAUUCUCUACCUGAGAGCGACGAUGAGGACGUCAGAAAAUCAAGGCGCGCGCUCGUAGAUCUCACUCAAAGAGUGAUUACAAGAACCAAGUGACAGACGAGAGUUGUAAUCCACAGCAUAACAACACAUUUUACGUUUUCUGUCAUUGUUUCUGUAAUGUGAGGAAUAAUGGCCCUUGUUGAUGACCAUAUUCUUUCUACCAGUCCAAUGUUGCUUUUCAAUAAUUUCUGAAAAGCACUCUUUUCUUGUAAAUUAAACUCAAAUGUGGAGUAAGGAUAACACAUAAGUGAUCAUCUAGAAUCUCCUCAAAUUAUGUACCCCGAGUUUAGUUGUUUUACAAUGUGACUUGGUUGCUUUUAUCUUAAGUUAAACUUUUCAUUAUUA